AUGGAUUUAAAUAAUAAAAAUCCGGCAAAUUUAUACCCCGAGGAAGAUAGGACAAGAGUAUUAUUAGUGCGAGAUCGUCCGCCUGGAAAAUAUUUCAUUGCGGGUGGUUUUGGUGGACUAUGUACUACUUUGUGUGGGCAUCCUUUGGAUACUAUAAAAGUAAGAAUGCAAUCUAAGCCAAGUGAGUAUAGAAAUACUUGGGAUGCGAUGUUCAAAAUAAUUCACCAAGAAGGACCUUCAGGAUUAUACAAAGGCAUGAUGGCACCUUUAGUAGGAAUAGUCCCAAUAUUUGGAUUGAGUUUCUUUAGCUUCAGUUUAGGGAAGAAAUUAGUAGCAGAGCCAAACCAACGCAAGGAAGACUUGUCAGUAUCUCAAUUAUUUCUGGCGGGAAUGUUCAGCGGACUUGCUACCAUUCCGUUGAGCGUGCCGGGAGAACGUGUCAAGUGCUUACUGCAAAUGCAAAUUGGCAAAAAAACAUUAUUCCAUGGAUUUAUGGACUGCGCUCUAAAACUUUACCGUAACGGCGGUGUAAAAAAUCUUUAUGUAGGCACUAGUGCAACAAUAUUGCGUGACCUACCCGCAAGUGGAGUAUAUUUCAGUGUUUACGAUAUUCUAAUGAGAUUAUUCGCUAAUCACUUUAAAGAAACAUUGAUGUGGCACUCAAUAUUCGCCGGAGGAUUCGCUGGCAUGAUUAACUGGGUCGUUGCUAUGCCUGCAGAUGUACUCAAGUCUCGAUUGCAAACCUCGUCAAUUGAUGAAUAUCCACGUGGCAUGAGAUCUUUGCUUCCUGAAAUUUUACGUCAAGAAGGGCCUUGGGCACUUUAUCGAGGAGUUGUACCAAUUAUGAUUCGUGCGAUUCCUGCUAACGCAACUUGUUUUUUUGGGAUUGAAGUAGCUAUGAAAAUUCUUGACUCAUACUUUCCUUAA